AUGCAUGUUUGGUCCUUUGAAAUAGGUCUUUUGGAGCAUUCUGGAGCAUAUGGGACGGAGCAUGGAGGGACUUGGCACAUGGACGCAGCUCAACUGGAUACGCAAAGGAAGAAGGGAGAAGCCAUCUUGAAGACCAGCUCGACCGUCUACUCGACCAACCGGUCGAGUUCCUCAACUCGACCGGCCAAGCUUCAACUCGAUCGAGCUGAGAAGUCAACAGUCAAACCCGAAAAAUGUGUAUGCGAACUCGAUCGAGUCGGUCUAAGAAGACUUGGUCGAGCUAGACUUACAACGGGUAGAAAGAGGGUUCAGAGGUCACAGAGGGUACAAGAGGAACCUGAGGUGCUUGUUGCUGAUACAAUGGAUGUACCAGAGGGGAAUGGAAACCCUUUGGGCAAUGGACUCGGUCGAGCUAGGCAAACUCGACCGAUUGGUCAAGGAGAUGCUCCAAACCGCCACCAACAGAGACAAGGGAUUGUUCCACCACCAGUGCAGAACCACAACUUUGAGAUCAAGCUGGGAAUGAUCAACCUUGUCCAGAACAAGAUGUUCCAUGGAUUGCCAAGUGAAGACCCCAUUGACCACCUUGAUGAGUUUGAUAGGCUUUGUGAUUUGACAAAGAUCAAUGGUGUCUCUGAAGAUGCCAUCAAGCUGAGACUCUUUCCUAUGUCUCUAGCUGACAAAGCUCACCAAUGGGAGAAGAGCUUGCCCCAUGGCACAAUCACCACUUGGGAUGAAUGCAAGAAGGCCUUUCUUGCUAAGUUUUUCUCCACCGGUCGCACAGCCAAGCUUAGAGGAGAGAUAUCCAGCUUCAUCCAGCGAAACAAUGAGACAUUCGCAGAGGCUUGGGAGAGGUUCAAAGGCUACACAAGUCAGUGCCCACACCAUGGAUUCAACAAUGAAUCACUACUCUCCACUCUUUAUAGAGGAUGCUUGCCUAGGUAUAGGGAGAUGCUAGACACAGCUAGCAAUGGGAACUUCCUCAACCAGGAUGUAGAUGAUGGCUGGCAACUUGUGGAGAACAUGGCCAUCUCAACAGAAUGCUAUGGAGAGCAUAUGAAAACAAACCUAGUCAAGGACCAGGAAGGGGAGGAGACAACACAAGAAGUUUGCUACAUUCAAAAUAGACAAGGAAGCUAUAGGAAUCCUCAACAAGGGAGAUACAACAAUUAUCAAGCCCCCUGGCCGCACCAACAACAAAGUGUUCCACAAGGUUCAACCAAGGACUACUCAUACCCAACCAACUCAAGAUUGGGAUAUGAAGGAAAUGCUCCAACAACUUUUACAAGGGCAAGCCAAAGAGGUAGCCCACCCCAAAUCGCUGUGGACAUCGAUGACGAGGAAGGGGAGGAUUUAGUCGACUAUGCUGAUAACUCGACCCGAACUCGAUCGAGCUGGAACAAAACCCUGAACCAGAACUCGAUCGAGCUGGAGAAACUGAGACACUGCAAGACAAACCAGAGCUCGAUCGAGCCAGAAGAAACAGACAAAGCAAACUCCAGCCAACCAGCUAAACCUGUUGCAAAGAAGAAAGACACUCCAGCAGGACCACCACCAUACAAACCCCCUCUACCCUUUCCAGGAAGGUUCAAGAAACAACUGUUGGAAGCACACAAGGCCAAGUUUGAUGAACUAAUGAGACAACUUGAGCUGAAGUUGCCCUUCAUCGACGCCUUGAUGCUCAUUCCACCUUAUCAGAAAUUUCUGAAGGAUGCUGUUCAGCAAAGAACCAGGGAAGCACAAGGGAUGGUAGUGUUGACUCGAGUGCAGUGCAAUCAUUCAGCGGAAGGUCAUCUCCGACAAAAAGGAAGAUCCGGGGAGUUUCACUUUGCCCUGCAUGUUGGGACCCCUAUCUUUCAAAAACAGCCUCUGCGAUCUAGGAUCAUCUGUCAGCCUCAUGCCUUUGUCUGUAGCAAAGAGACUGGGAUAUCACAAGUACAAGCCUGCGGAAUCUCACUAGUCUUGGCAGAUAGAUCGAUAAGGUUACCAACUGGGAUGCUUGAAGACCUGCCUUUGAGGAUAGGGAAUGUGGAAAUCCCCACAGACUUCAUUGUGCUUGAGAUGGAUGAGGAACCAACAGAUCCAUUGAUUCUAGGAAGGCCAUUCCUAGCUACAGCAAGAGCAAUGAUAGAUAGGAUCCUACAAGUUGCUUUGACCAAGGAUUCUUCAGAGGGAUAUGUGAGCUCAGAAACCGAUGAGUACAAGAAGCUCCUUGACACCUUCAGACCAGUUCCAAACAUUCUGAGCAUUGAGGGAUUGGACAGGCCAGUUUGCGAGGUCAUGGCAGUGAACUCGAUCAAGAACUCGAUCGAGUCGAGCCUCGAACAAACGAACUCGAUCGAGCUGGGGACUGAAUGCAAGGAACAGCUCAAGGAGAUUGGUCUGAGCUCAAGGCGCCUAAAGUCGACCUCAAACCUUUGCCUGAGGGCCUCAG